AUGGCGUCUGUAACGUCGCUGGACCAGGACAUGCGGAGGCUGCGGAUGGACAGAUACACCCCCCAAGCAGCCAAUGAAGUCCGCAGCUGGAUAGAAGACACACUCGGAGAGCGCCUGCCUGCGGGAGAUCUGCUGGAUGCGCUCAAGGACGGGACCGUAUUAUGCAGACUCAUCAAUCUCGCCAUACCCACGCCUGUCCGGUUCAAGAAGUCGAAUAUGCCCUUCAUACAGAUGGAGAACAUCUCGCACUUCCUGCGAGCCUGUGAACAGCCGCCGCUGAACAUGCCCGCCCAUGAUCGCUUCCUCACCGUCGAUCUCUACGAAUCGAAAGAUCCAGCUCAGGUGCUGCAGUGUCUCGGCGCCUUCAGCCGUGUCGCCAACGCGAAGAACCCGUCCAACUUCCCUAACACCAUUGGCCCGAAGCGUGGUGGAGCUGGCGCGUUGAGCCCGACGGCAACUGGCGGCAUGCCGAGUCCUGCACUGCCGUCUCCCGGCUUCCCUCGCAGCAGAGGACCCAGCACCGCCAGCAACACCAGCGGCUCGAGCACAUUCAACCCCCUUGCGCGACCUCCUGCCGAACGAACGGCAUCGACGCUUAGUGCCGCACGCACCGGAGGCUCAGACACAUCAUACACAUCCAACGGUCUCCCCAAGUCGCCCCCAGGCGGAGUCAGUAGCUGGAGCAAGAAGGUCGACGAAGGUAGCACAGCACCGGCAUGGAACAUUCAUCAGUACGGAUACAUGGGCGGUGCGAGUCAAGGCAACCAAGGCAUCUCAUUUGGUGGCCGGCGGCAGAUCACGAGCGCAGGUCCGCACGUGCCCAACCUGGCUGAGAAGGAGCGACUGCGACGCGAGAGGGCAGCCGAAGAAGAGCGACUCCGUUUGCAAGCUGAGGAGGCCGAGAACAUACGUCGCGUCGAACGCGAAGCCGAGGAAGAGCGCAUACGGAUAGAGGAGGAGCAGAAGUGGGAAGAGGAGACACGCAAACAGCAGGAAGCCAAGCAGGCGCGACUGGAUCAACAGAAGCGCGAGUGGGAAGAGCAAGAGCGCCAGUGGAAGCUGGAGGAGGAGCAACGCCAACGUGAAGAGCGCGAGGCACAGGAUAGAAUCGACGCCGAGACGAGACGAAAGCGCGCUGGAAGCGAUGCCAGGCUCAAGGGGCAGUACCUGAGCGAAUACCAGGCUGAAAAGGUCAGGUCACCGCGUAGCCGACGAGGAAGCAGCGAAGAGCCCAACGCUGAACGCGACCGCAUACGAGAGCUGGAGCGCCAGCUCGAAGAGGCCAAAGAACGCGAGCGCCAGUACCAGGCAGAGCGCGAAGGACGCCUGUCAGAUAAGAAGGUGCGAUCGCGGUCCAAGAGCCGUACGCGCGAGCGAUCAAAGAGUCGAGCCCGACCAGCGCCUCCACCCCGCGCUCCCUCGCCACAAGACAGCAACGUCUCAUGGGCGCAAGCAGACGACCGCGAGUACCUACGCAAGCAAUGGGACCAGACACAGAGACAGCCAGCGCGACCCCUCCCCGAACCCGCAGCGCCAUCUCUCCCCACGCGUCCACUACCAGAACCAACCACGCGACCCCUUCCCGACCCAGCCACAUACACAAAGCAGAGCCGGACCGACCGCUACCUCUCCUCCAACCCGGCCCCCACACCACCCAAACCCCAAACCUACAUCCCACCCGAGCUCACAUCCACCUCGGAACAACGCGGCGAAGACGCCCGCCGAGCCGCCGCUCAAACAAAGACAAAAGCCGCCGGCUGGGCCAGCAAGUCCCUCCUCGAGCGCGAAAUGGAGCGCGAGCGCGAGCGCCAGAAGGAGUGGGAAGAGUCGCAGCGUGCGCUGCAAGAAGCUGCCAAGGAUCCUAAUGCGGGGACUGGUGGAGGCCAGAGCUGGGAUGUCAAUCAGUAUGGGUAUAUGGGUGGGGAUAAUCAGAAUAAGUUGGGGGGCAUUGGGGCGGGGAAGAGGCAGAUUAUUGGACCUAGGCCUUUUGGACCGAGGUAG